AUGCUACCAUCAGGACAUGUCACAUUAUCAGGUAGCCCUGGAGGUAAUGGUAUUUCUGGCAGAUCGGGUCCCCCGGGUCCUCCGGGUCCGUCGGGUCCGCCGGGUGGUGGAUCUGGUUGUGCAAAAGAAGACGCUAGUGUUGCUAGCAAUAUUAUUGCAGUAGAGGAGAACAUCGUUGCUGGUUGGACCGGAAACCAACAGUGGUUAUAUAGUAGAAUCCCAAAGCAGAUGGAUAAACAAGGUAAUGCUCGAAUUGGACCGUUACAGCUUUGUUCUAUUGUUUUCGGUCAAUUGUGUACAGCUUCAUGA